CUUUUCCCCGUCUCUCACUUCUCUUUAAAGCCUGUCCGCUCGUUCCCUGGCUUUGCAAGGAAAAAAAAAUCCACUUUCGCUUGGCUUUUCACGAGGCUCUCGGCCCGGGACUGCUUAUCGUUCUUUCAAGAUGCAGCUCUCAAUUGUGUCGGCAAUCGCCCUGCUAUGCGGGUCCGCUCUAGCUAGUGUCCCCGCGAUUGAGAUCAAGGGCUCUAAAUUCUUCUACUCCAACAAUGGCAGCGAAUUUUUUAUUCGCGGAGUUGCCUAUCAGGAGGGUUAUACCGGUGGCGGAUCUACGGGAACCGGUCAGACCAGCGAUACCGGCUACACCGAUCCUCUCGCCAACUCCUCCAGCUGCGCGCGCGAUAUCCCUUAUCUGACCCAGCUGCGUACCAACGUCAUCCGCACGUACACCGUGGACCCCACCAAAGACCACGAUGACUGUAUGCAGCAGUUGGCCGAUGCCGGAAUCUAUGUCAUCACUGAUCUCUCGUCCCCUGAUAUUUCGAUCGAAGCCGAUUCGCCUGUCUGGACUGUUGAACAGUACGAGCGCUAUACCGCCGUCGUUGACGCUUUCCAGAAGUAUGAUAACGUGAUUGGAUUCUUCGCUGGCAACGAAGUCGUCAACCAGCCGAACCAAACCAACGCUGCCGCCUUUGUCAGAGCUGCGGCGAGAGAUAUGAAGGCCUACAUCAAGCAGAAGGGAUACCGAACCUCGCUGGGCCUGGGCUAUGCAACCACCGAUCAGUCCGACAUCCGUCUUUCUCUCUCUAACUAUUUGAACUGCGGAGACCAAACCACGGCCAUCGACUUUUUCGGCUACAACAUUUACGAAUGGUGCGGCGACCAGACUUAUCAAACCUCCGGCUACGAGGCCCGAACCGAGGAAUACUCCAACUACUCUAUCCCUGUUUUCUUCUCCGAGUACGGCUGCAACACCGUACAGCCCCGCACUUUCGAAGAUGUCCCCGUCCUCUUCGGCUCCGAAAUGAACGACGUCUGGAGCGGUGGCAUUGUCUACAUGUACUUCGAGACCACCAACGACUAUGGCCUCGUCUCGGUGGAUGGCGACUCUGUCUCCACCGAGGUCGACUUUAGCUACUACUCCAAGGAGAUCCAGAGCGCAACAGCAACUGGAGUCAACAGCGCUAGCUACACCGCGACUAAUUCGCCUCGCGCAUGCCCAACCGUAGACGACGACUGGCUCGCAGAGGCCAGCCCCUUGCCCCCGACCCCGGACUCUGAUCUCUGCUCCUGCAUGGUCGCUAGCCUGUCCUGUGUUGUCAGCGACAGCGUUGAUUCCACAAAGUACUCUGAUCUCUUCGCCGAGGUCUGCGGAUACGGCACGGACGUCUGUUCUGGUAUCGCCCACAAUGCAACCACUGGUGACUAUGGCGCUUACAGUGUCUGUGCAAGCAAGGACCAGCUGUCCCAGGCUUUCAACAAGUACUACAUUAGUCAGAAAAAGGCAAGCACUGCUUGUGACUUUAAAGGCGCCGCGAAGGUUCAGUCGGCCAGUAGUGCGACGGGCUCCUGUAGCUCGCUUAUCAGCCAGGCGGGUGGUACAGCUGGGACUGGCACAGCAUCCUCUGGCAGCAGCGCUUCUACCUCCACGUCUAAGGGCGCCGCUGCUGGCGCUGUUGCCCCCGCUGCGGUCUUUGUGACUGGCUGGGUUAGUGCUGCCUCGCUGGUGACAGUUGUUUUGACUGGGUCUCUGAUGCUUGUUUUGUAA